UUCUUUUGCGAACCGUCCGUCAAAGCACGUGACCACAAUGCUCUUCGUGCGUUGCCACCCCAACAAGAUGGCUGACAGCGACUCGGAGAAAAGUCCGCCUCCGAACGAUGAAAAAGCACCGAUGCUUCACAUGGGGCCCCGAGUUGUCACCAUCUGCAAGACUGAAACGGGGUUCGGCUUCAACGUUCGCGGCCAAGUGAGCGAAGGUGGCCCGCUCAAGAGCAUCAACGGCGAGCUCUACGCUCCUCUCCAGCACGUCAGCGCCGUUCUCGAAGGGGGAGCCGCCGAAGAGGCUGGAAUUCGUCGCGGUGACAGAAUCCUUGAAGUCAAUGGAGUCAAUGUCGAAGGUGCAACCCACAAGCAGGUCGUGGACCUUAUCAAAUCUGGUGGCGACAAGCUCACGCUAACGGUCAUUUCAGUCACAGCUCAGGAAGCUGAACGGCUGGAGCCCAGCGACGAUUCCUCUGGUGUUUCUUACGUCGACUACAGCGAAAAACGUUCCCUACCAAUCUCCAUUCCGGACUACAACUGGCUAGAGCGGUCGGGCGACAAGUUUGUGGUAUAUAACAUCUACAUGGCAGGCAGGCACCUGUGUUCCAGGCGGUACCGGGAGUUCUCGGUGCUGCACGUGAACCUCAGGAAGGAGUUCCCGGACUUCAGCUUCCCCAAGCUGCCCGGGAAGUGGCCCUUCUCGCUGUCGGACCAGCAACUGGACGCCCGGCGUCGGGGCUUAGAGCAAUACCUCGAGAAAGGUGCCCCCAUCUUUCCAGAGUCCACAGUACGUCAAUGCCCAACACAUGCAUUUUUCCAUUCCACAGUGUGUGCCAUCCGAGUCAUAGCGGAGAGCGACACUAUGCAGGACUUCUUGACCGACAUGGAUGACGAACACGGUGGGAGCUCCAGUCUGGUGGACCUCAAGGUCUUGCUGCCCGAUCGGACGACCGUGGUCGUCAAGGUGCGGAAGAACAGCUCGACGGAGGAGGUGUACCAGGCGGUAGUGGAGAAGGCGGCCAUCCCUUCAGAGGUGGCACGCUACUUCGCCCUGUUUGAGAUUGUGGAGUAUGGGUUCGAGAGGCGGCUGGGCCCGUCGGAGUUCCCGCACAACCUGUACAUCCAGAACUACUCGACGGCCACCUCCACCUGCCUGCUGGUGCGCAAGUGGCUCUUCACCAGGGAGACAGAGGUGCGCCUGGCCGACGCCCACCCCAUCGCCGCCACCUUCUUCUUCUGGCAGGCAAUCGACGACGUGAACAAGGGCCAAAUCAAGCCUGGCAAUAAGUUGUACGAGCUGAAGGCACUGCAGGAUUGCUCACGAAAGAUGGAGUACCUGGAGUUGGUCCGGACGCUGGAGGGCUACGGGGAGCUGUCUUUCCCGCACUGCACCUGCGAUGCCCGCAAGGACGGCCACGUGGUCUCCACCCUCGGGAUGGACGGGCUCAAGCUCCAAGCCUGCAGGGACGACGGGACUCUAGAGGCGCAAGUGAUAGAGUUUCUCUGGGACUCGGUCGCAGAAUGGGAGGUGGACGAGGAGGGGAUGGCCUUUGCGUUCCAGUACACGCGUCCCGACAAGAAACCGCGCUGGGUCAAGAUUUUCACGCCUUACUUCCUCUUCAUGUUUGACUGCUUCGAGCGGAUACAGGAGGAGCGGACCUGGCGGAUGGCCAAGACUUCUUUCGGCUAAUCGACCCGACGCGGAACCCCCCCCCCCCCACCCCUUCUUUCCAGACCCACGUUUUAGCUCCGUCUUAACGGAAAUGGGAAGCAAAAAGAAAAACCCGGAAAAGGCGACAGAGGAACUGCGCAAACGUGGCAGCAACCAAAACCACCCUCCCCCGUCCCUUCGUACGACACUGCUGCGUAGUCCUCGCUUGUUGUUUAUACGUGUACAUAAACGGGCCUUGUACAUAGUAGGUAGGAAAUGUCUAGCAGUCCCGAGAGGCCGCCCGCCCAUGAGGAGUCAGCUCUCCGUUUCCGUGCGCACUGUCAAUCGUUUCCGGUCAACGGCGGGGAGAGGCGAGCGAUCGAAAAUGGCGUCAUUGCGCUUGCUGAGGGGGAGGAAGUCAGGAUUCAUAGACUGUCGCGCCGUCGAUCCUUCGGUGGUGCGAAGACUUCGCAUUGUCGCUGGUCUUCGGUCAAAAACACUGCGUUGUCGAUCGCUUUCGUACGAGAACGACGGAACACUGUGCGAGGUAUCGCAUCGUCCGUUUUCGGUUGAAAACGUCGCGUUGUUGGUCGUCUUCGGUCGAGAUUGAAGGAACGUGGUCGAAAACUUUGCAUUGUCAAUCGUUUUCAGUCUAGGAUAACGACAUGUCCGAGACGGUCAUCAUUGAUAUUUUUUGGUCGAAAAACGUCACACUGUCGAAGACCUCUCUUUGUCGAUCGUUUUCGGUUGAAAACAACUGGACGCAGUCAAAACGCUAGCGUGUCGGCGUGUUGCCGUCAGCAAUGUCGAAAAGGGGUUUCGUCACGUCUGCCCAAAUUUAGCACCUUGCGAAAGCAGAGGAACGAGUUCUGCAUGAAUGGUCCAGUCCAGUUUUUUUUUUAUUGUUGUUGGUUGUUGUUGCACUCAUUCUUUGGAAGCCUCGUGCAGACUCGCGUUUACGAGGUCCAAGGUGGCCGCGGGGAAGCGGUCAUGUGACGGGACGCCCGUGCGGGAUGUUUGACGUGAAACGUGUUUGCGAGCUGGCCCGCGGCGUCCAGUUUGUAAGCGCGAGGAUGUUUGCGGGGCGAGCACAAUUUGGACUUUGUCGUCUAGUCAUUUUGCGCGAGACCUUCAAACAAGUUCUCUCAGUUUCCUCAGGUUCAACGCCUGUGCAGCUUUUUUUUCUUUCUCUUACCUUACUUUUUUUUUUUUUUUUGGUUACACAUAGUAAGAAGGCUGUAAAGACGUCCCUAAAAGUGCCUUUGCGUUCCGUUCGUUCGACGUGGUUCCCUCGUACACCUUUAAACGCGAGCGUUUUCGAUUCAGCGGCGUUUGCAUCUUUCUCGAAGCGGUUGUGGACCUUUCUUGGGGAGAGUUCUGCACGACUGUGGACCCUCCCCACGCAGCGGCCAAAACUGGAACUACGGUUGGCGUCCGGCGGUAGAGGAGUUGAGCCACCUUUCCUACCUCAGUGGCGACUCCGGGAGGAAACAGGAGAGGCAAUGGCAAUUCGCGUUCCGGAUACCAAACGUAGUUUGAGCUUUCGCCGCUCGACGUCUUCUUUAUACGGAAAAAUUCCAUUGGCCGUCUGGUCUACUACACGCAAUCUUGAAGGCAGCAGAGAAGAAUCUUAACCGGAAUCCAGUUCUAGCAUUUGCACGAAACUCGGUGAAAAUGUGUUUCUUAGCCCCGAAGCUCUCUUAAUUUAUUCCUAAUCUAUGCAUCCUCAGAAGCGAGUUCCCGUGUGUCCUGCACUGUAAAUAGAGCUCCGCGAGGGUUCUUUUGUGGUUUUUAUUCCCACUGCCUUCGGAAUUUGCUCGAGAGUUCGGUAUGCCAACUUCCAGAGAGCAGUUCCAUGUACCUAGUGUCAGGUUCGGGCAAUCGGCUAACGGCCAUUUAAUCUUGCGCCAAACAAACCUCUUUUAGCCCAAUGUUCCCCGCACGAGCAACUCCUGUAACAACGCCACGUUCCGUUCCACUCUUUAUUAGAACUUAAUAGUAGGACACAAAGAAAGAUCCGACGGACCAUAGUCGGGUCUUUGCCGUGGACUUCAAAUUUCGCAAAAUGCAUUCCAUUUUUUUUUUUUUUUACCCGGACUUUCUGCAGAGACAUCAUUCCCCCACGGUCCAUUUGCAAAACCAAACUUGGCAUUUCGAAACGAGUUUUUUUUGUUUUGUGUGCAUGUGUGAUUUUGUUUGAGGAAGGCUGCCGAGGAGAGUGUGACAGCGGCGCACGCUCUUCUGUCUACACGCCAGAGCUAAUUUUUGUGGACUUUGGCCAAAUCUGCAGCUGCCUUCAGACGGAAUCUGUUUGCAAAGAGCAGAGAAUCGUGGCUUGGGAGAUUGACUUGUGGCGGCUUAUUGUUUUUGUUUAGGAGUCUCUUAAAAUAAACGUUUAGUGAGAGCUGGA